AUGCAGGCCUCAACGCGUCUGUCCACGAUUAAUAUCCACGACCUGCUCUUCGCUGACGAUUACACACUCAAUACUGAGACAGAAGCUGACAUGCAACGGAGCAUGGAGCUCUUCGCCUCCAGCUUUGCCAACUUCGGGCUGACCAUCAACACGGACAAAACGGUGGUCAUGCAUCAAUCGUCACCCAAUGCUGCAUGCAUAGCUCCUCUUAUCCACGUCAACGGCGCACAACUGAAGACUGUGGACAACUUGGCCUGCUAA